AUGCAGGUACAGUCGGGAAAGGAGUGGGGGGCGAGGCCGGGACGGGGGGGUAUACCUUCUGGCGGCACCCCGUCCAUCAACUGGCAUCACCGGAGCACGGACGUGAGUGUUGUGUUGUUGUUUGCUGCCUCCACGUCUCCCGCGUUAAUUCGCCUCCACUUGGCGCGGCGCGCGAGGGGAGGAAGCUGCGGUUUUCCCCGCGCGGAGACGCGGGACCUCAUGCGCGACCCCCAGGGAGCGAAUGUUGCGGACACAUCUGCUAGCGUUAGCUGUAGCGAGCUAACUAGCCCAGCCUGUAGCAGUCCUAAGCGGCCUACAAGCUACGGUGUACCGGUUGAGACGCAUAAUAGAUUUAGCUCUUUAGCUAGUCCUACACCCCAGUCUACCGGGCACCACACCUUAGUCAUAGGGGACUCCAUCACCCGAAACAUAAAGCUUAGCAAACCAGCCACAAUUAAGUGCAUCCCGGGGGCCCGAGCACCUGACAUAGAGGCUAAUCUUAGGGAGCUAACUCGCAACAGGCCUAGUAAACACGUACGACAGGCUAAUCGCACCACUAGUUAUGCGAAUAUAGUUGUACACGUUGGCUCCAAUGACACUAGAAUGAGACAGUCAGAGAUUACAAAGAGAAACAUAGCCAGGACUUGUGAUCUCGCUAGAAAGAUGUCCAGGCAUCGAGUAAUUGUCUCUGGCCCCCUGCCUGCGAGAGGCAAUGAUGAGAGAUAUAGCAGAUUAGUCUCGCUUAACAAGUGGCUGGCUAGCUUCUGUAGACAACAGGGACUAACGUUUAUUGAUAAUUGGCCCUCUUUCUGGGGCAAACCAGGCUUGCUGAUGAGGGACGGCCUUCACCCUAACCAGGAAGGCGCCAUCAUCCUGUCUAAGAAUAUAGACUACUGUUUAAGUCACAUUUGACUAACUACA